UGUGAUUGGAAGCAUUUUCCUCAGAGCGAGGUGAAGAAGCGCUUAAACCACACAGUGUUUUUUAGUAACGAGAAAGAUAGCGCCGAUAUUGGGCACAUUAAGAAUAUAUACACUUUAGUAGUUAUGGAAUCGAACGUAAUUUCGCACGCAAGUGGUGCAGUCUCGAAUGAUUUUGGGCGAGCGCUCUGCGUUAUCACCGGAGCGUCGAAAGGCUUCGGCCGAUGCCUGGCGAAGCAAAUAGCCGCCUUGCUCAGUCCUGGGUCAGCGCUUGUGCUGGUUGCCAGAUCGGGGGAUAAACUGAGGGAACUGCAGACGGAUCUGGCCGCUUCUGACGCUGGUAAGAAAGGGUUGGUGAUACGCUGCGUGACAGCGGACCUCGCGCAGAAAGAAGCCGUUGAAGAGACCAUGAAGGCGGCGAAACAGACAAAUCACUUGGAUAUUGACCGCCUGAUUCUAAUAAACAAUGCAGCCUCGUUGGGGGACGUGUCUCGCUUUGCCGUCAGCUUUACAGACCCUACGGAGACGAGUUCCUACCUGGCUUUCAACGUGAGCUCCGCCCUCAGUCUUACGGCGUCGCUCAUGGACGCUUUCCCCAAGCGGCCGGGGCUGCGGCGCUACGUGGUGAACGUCAGCUCGCUGGCCGCCCUGAAGCCCAUUCCGUCCUGGGUGCUCUACUGCACCGGAAAGGCCGCGCGGGACAUGAUGUUCAGAGUGCUGGCCGCGGAGGAGCCCGAACUACGCGUGCUCAACUACGCACCGGGUCCUCUGGACACAGACAUGCACCUGCAAGCGCGCACCGACUCGGGCGACCUGGCUGUGCAGAGCUCAAUGCGCGACUCGCACACUCAGGGACAGGUGCUGACCUGCGAGGAGUCCGGCACCAAGCUGCUGAAGCUGCUGCUGGAGGACAACUUCACGUCCGGCGGCCAUCUUGACUUCUAUGAUGUGUGAGGGGAUGAGGGGAUGAGGGGAUGGGCCCCAGGCGAUCAUACUCAUCGCCUGGGGUCCGGUGGUUGGCGGUAGAUGGUUUGAGGAGAAGCGUUCCUAACGGGAAUUUCCCUCGCUCUGUGUACACUGCCGUGCCGUGAUUAAAGGUCAUUCUCCCAGCCCUGUACGGGACGUUUAAUGUUAUCGGGAGAAUUAUGUGCAAAACCAAAUGUAUUGUUUAUUUGCUGAAAUGUCCUUGUGGAUUGUGUUACAAUCUACAAGAGAAUUAAAAACCAGAAUUUCUAAACCCAGGAGCUACAUUACGGUGUAAAAUCUCCGGUGGCCAGACAUUUUAAUAAGAGUUGUUCCGAUACCGAUAUCAGUAUCGGAAAUGCCUUCGAUACAGCCCAAAAUGCUGGAUCGGGUAUCAGUGAGUACACAAGUUUGUGCACCGAUUCAAUACCACGUGAUUUAUCGUGAUGAUAGCGCAUUUACACUGCUCAGGCAAGCAACAACACGUGUGGUGCUAGCGGAGAGUGUAACAUUUGUCAGAGCUUGCAAAAUGUCAGCAAAUUGGCUAUAUUUUACACUGGAAAAUCCUACCUGUAAAACACUGUGCACAGUAUGCAAGGCUUUAGUUUUGAGGGGUGGCAUUAGUGUUAACAAUUUCAACACCAGCAAUCUUAUGAAGCAUUUUAAGGUGCAUCACGUGAAAGAGCUGAUGCAGAAGUUCAGUUUAUCAUGUCGUUGGAAGCUCCAAAGACAGCCCAGUUCUAUGGCAUUCAUUCUCUGUAUGUAUUCGUUCAUGUUUUACAAUGUUUAAAAUGAGCCAGGCCAUCCAUACAGGGUUAGUAGUAUGCAGCUGUUAUCGUACGAUAACAGGUACAUACUACUGACUCUGUAUGGA